UCGCACAGCGCAGCGCCGCGCCCCGAGCGGCCGCCGCAGGUGCGGGGAGGAGGGUGCGGCUGGGCCGGGGCGGCAUCCGGCCGCGGAGGGGCCGAGCAGACUCGGAGCGGCGCAGCGCUGCAGCUCGGCACGAAGCGGCCGCCCCAGCGCCGUCGUUGCGCCUGCGGAGCUCGAUGCCGGCACGCCGCCCUCCCCUCCCUCUCCCUCCCUCCCCUCCCCGCUCCGCCCGCCGGGCCCGUCUCGCCCGGAAGCGGCGGCCGCGUCUCUUCCGUUCCGUUCUGUGUGCGCCGCUCCCCGCUAUGGCCGGGCUGUCCCGCACGCUCGGCAUCUUCGGCGGCUUCGUGGCCGUGGUGGGGGCCGCCUUCUACCCCAUCUACUUCAGGCCACUGCUGCUGCCCGAGGAGUACAAGAGAGAACAAUCAAUAAACCGAGCUGGUAUUGUUCAAGAGAAUAUCCAGCCUCCAGGGUUAAAAGUGUGGUCUGAUCCGUUUGGAAGAAAGUAGUGUUGCCAGCCUGGUGCAUUUCAAGGCAGAACUGAAGAUGAGUUAUUUCUUCUUACACUGAAGUGUGCCUUUAGUCGUUGCUUGAGAAGAAUUGUGAUCAUGUUGUGUGGGCACAUGUGGAGCAACAAACGAUACUGGUUGGAAAGCCAAGAGGAAAAAACAUCCCAGUUUUGGCAGAGUGCUGUGGCACAAAGGAUGGACUGCUGGAAAGGUGAUUGUUUCUUGUGUUUGGAAGUAAAGUAUUUACUUCCUUGAGAAAAAGAACUACUAUUUUUGUGGUUAAUCUGUAAACAUUUGGAGAACAAAUUAUGAAUAGACUAAAUAAUGCAGACCACUGCAGUUUCCUCCCUAUAUUGAAGAUUGCUUUCUGUGGUGUAAUUGUAAAAACGUGAUAGAAGUUUAUACUGAGAGAGACUGGUGUAGAUUUGUUCUCUCUUAGGCAGAAUAUAACAUGGCGUGUGAGAAUUUGGGCAUUAAAAUUUCUUCCUUUCAAACC